GUUGCGGUAGGUUGACCCUAUAAACGAGGACAUCUUGCGGUGGCAUACGUGUAGAUAAAGCAAGGUAUUUUUGGCGGAAGCAAGCUGGACAAGUACAUUAAGAUGACGAACAUCUUCGUGUAUGGAACUCUAAAAAAAGGCCAGCCCAACCACUACAGGAUGCUCAACACUGCCAAUGGUAGGGCCGAAUUCCUUGGCUGUGCUCGCACCAUCGACAAAUAUCCACUGGUGAUAGCAGGCAAGUACAACAUCCCCUUCCUUCUUAAUGUUCCCGGAGAAGGCCAGAGGGUCCAGGGAGAAGUCUACAGAGUAGAUGACCAGAUGUUGAAGUUCCUGGACUGGUUUGAAAGCUGCCCACAAAUGUAUCAGCGUUCACAGGUCCUACUUGAGCUGGAGGACUGGGUUGGAGAAGGAGAAGAUGCUCUUAAAGUGAGGAGUACCUUUCAGGCUUUUACAUAUAGUACUACCACUUACAAACCUGAGUGGCUCCAGAAUUCAACUUUUGAAAGCUACGAUUCAUAUGGGAAUCACGGACUACGGCUUGUGUCUCGAGAAGCCAGAGAUUUGGACUGGCAUAAGCAAAUGUGAGAAGCCUAGGGUGGUGACUCCCAAACUUAGGAACAGGAAUACAUCUGGAUCUUUAGAGCUGUGACAAAAAUAAUUCCUUUAGUUUUGGAAAAAUUGUUUAAAACACUUUAUUACUAGUUUAUCCCAUUAGUGCAGCAUUACCUAAGAUCCAGUUUGAAUCAUUAAUCAUGUAUGUUCUUUUAGAUUUAAAGUGGUGACAAAAAACAAUCUACAUUUUAUCCAGUGAAUCAUCAGUAAAACAUUUUCAGUAAUUUUUGGAACCAUAGGUUUUGGUCUUGUUAUGUAUAAAAUAUAAUUGGUUUGCAAACAAAAUGUCUUACAGAUGCAUAUAAU